AUGUUACAGGGUCCAACGGAAACAUCAUGGCCGCCACCACCCAAGAUCUACGAAUCAGAUGAACAUACUCUGGCACCAGAGUAUUCAUUUGAUUUGCCGGAUCCUCCGACAGAUAUCGAACAAAUGGAUGCUUCAACUGACAAACUAGACAUUUCUGAUGAAGAAAUGAAAGCCACUGGCUUACCAUCAGAUGACGAUACAGAAUAUGGUGACGUUGGGAUAGAAAACGAUCGUCCCGGUAACAAAAUAGACGCCGUCAUGAAAUCGACGGCCAACGGUGGAUCGUCCGACGGAUCGGUGGAUGCGGCGAUAAUUGUAGCGCAGGACAAUGGAGCCGAUGACCGGGCAGCUACCACCAUACAGGCGGUGUACCGUGGUUUCAGAGCCCGGAAGUACGUGGAGGCUGUGAACGCGGCCGCGGUAAAGAUCCAAGCGGGCUUCCGGGGCUACCGGGUCAGGCAGUCCCUGAAGAACGCGGCCCCGUCCACGGCCACAACUACCCCGGACGAGAGUCAAUGUUGGUCGGAUGACGAUCAAAAGUCGGUCGUGUCCGUCACAUAUGCUCCGCUCAAAGAGUACGGAUGUGAGCCACGCGGUGCUGGCGAUGGCCGAGGUGAAGAAGGCAGUGAUGACGGUGGUGACGGGCCAAGUCCCGUUGUUAGUGUUGGUGAUGGUGUUUCCGGUGUCCCCGGCGACGUUGGUGACGGCGUAGUUGAUAGUGAUCGGGGUGGUGAUCACGGUGGUGAUGGUAAUGGUCGAAGUGGUGACGGUAAUAUUGGGGACGCUCAUGUUGAUUCAGGUGUAGGAGUCAGUGGUAUUGGUGUUUACGAGGAAGACGACGAUGACGACGAUCAGCUGCAGACCGGAGACGACGAAGUUUUCGAGCCCGAUGACAAGGACAUCGGUGGCGCUGACAAGGUUGGAAAUCUAGCGACGAAUCCGACUACCACUUUGUCGGGACCAGCUACUCCGAUCGAAGUGUCCACGCCGGACGACGCUGCUGAAGCAGAAGAGUUGGUGCAAGCGGCUAAUAAAAUACAGGCAAGGGUCCACGGACACUUGAAUGACGAAAAGAACGACGGCUCCGACAAAAAAUAA